AUGAAGGACGCAAAUAAGCUGCUGUUGGGGAAAGUUUCGCUACUAUGUGAGUGUGUAGCUGGAACCGUCAUCAUUGCGUCGGAGUGGAGUUGCCGAAGCAGCCCUGAUGGGGCGCAGGAGGAGAGUGGGAAUGGAGAGGGACUGGCAGAAGGGGCUGAUCGUGGAUUGGACGGCGACCCUGAAGGCGUCUGGAGUCCAGACAUCGAGCAGAGCUUUCAAGAAGCGCUGGCCAUCUACCCUCCAUGCGGGAGGAGAAAGAUCAUACUUUCAGAUGAGGGCAAGAUGUAUGGUCGAAAUGAGCUGAUAGCUCGCUACAUAAAGCUUCGAACUGGGAAGACACGUACUCGCAAACAGGUCUCUAGUCACCUGCAAGUGUUGGCCAAGAGAAAGUCUCGUGAAUUUCAGUCUAAGCUGAAGGCCAUGAACUUGGAUCAGGUAUCCAAAGAUAAGGCACUCCAGACAGUGGCCAACCUGUCGUCGGCUCAGAUUGUGUCAGCGAGUGUAAUGAAACCUCAGACUCCCUUCCCUCCACCAGUCAGAUACUGGCCCGGCCCUGUCCCAGGACAGCCUGGACAUUCUCAGGACAUCAAGCCCUUUGCACAGCCUCCGUACACUACACUACCAGCGCCUGUCCCUCCACCAAUUAGUUAUGAGACGUUGCCGCCACCUCGACCUACAGCCAUCGCUGCUCCCGUAUGGCAAGACAGAACCAUCGCUUCUGCAAAACUACGUUUACUCGAGUACUCUGCUUUUAUGGAGUCUCAAAAAGACAGAGAGACGUAUAAACACCUUUUUGUUCACAUUGGACCAUCAAAUCCAGGCUACAGCGACCCGGUUUUGGAGUCUAUAGAUGUGAGACAGAUUUACGACAAGUUCUCAGAAAAGAAAGGAGGCCUGAAGGAGCUGUACGAAAAGGGGCCUCACAAUGCGUUCUUUCUCAUUAAGUUCUGGGCGGAUCUGAGCGGUGACAUUGAGGAGGGCCCUAGUGCAUUUUAUGGAGUGAGCAGCCAAUACAGUGGGACCGAAAACAUCACCAUCAGUGUUUCCACCAAGGUUUGCUCCUUCGGAAAACAGGUGGUGGAGAAGGUUGAGACAGAACACGCUCAGUUCGAGGGAGGAAAGUACAUGUUCCGCAUCCAUCGUUCACCGAUGUGUGAAUACAUGAUCAACUUUAUCCACAAACUCAAGCAUCUCCCAGAGAAAUACAUGAUGAACAGUGUACUUGAGAACUUCACCAUCCUGCAGGUGGUGUCCAACAGAGACACCCAGGAGACUCUGCUGUGCAUUGCCUUCGUGUUUGAAGUGUCCACAAGCGAACACGGAGCUCAGUACCAUGUGUAUCGCCUCGUCAAUGACUAGCAGCACGUCUGGUGCAAAGACUCAUCUGACUUUUGAUACAAAUGGCUUAAAAACACUAUUUCCAGCUUGGCACACAGAGCCCCAACUCCUUUACUCUGAACACAUUCUUUGUCUUUUUUUUUUGUUCUUUUAUUAGACCAACCGUCACACUUUAGUCGUACCUCUUGCUUGUUUGAUGUGUACAUUUUUCAGGUGGCAAACUGAGCAAACGGCAAAAUCCCACAACGUGCCAACUGUCAUUUCUUUGCUUUCUCUUCAUUUUCUGUUUUGUUUGCUUUCCAAGUUAGAAACAUGAGUUUAUUGACGUGGAGUAAAACACUGCAGAAAAGGAAAGAAUUGGAAAAAACGGUCUCAAAGCUCCAUCGGGGACUUUUUGUUAUCCGGCUAAUGCGUUUUUAAUCAGCUGUGGUAAAGCAUGUUUUUAACAUCGUAGGCAAGACUGACGUAAGACGAGUUUAAGCAUACGUUUUCUAAACAAGUGAUUUUUUAGUGAGUGUCAUUGUAACCUGCCACAUUGGCGUCUUUUGUUGUUUCUGUAUCUUUGAAAGGUACAAAUUCUGUUACGUGAAAAUCAUGGACUUUUAAUCGAUUUGAUCAAAGAUAGGAUGAUCUUAUUGCAGAUAGUCUGCCUCGUCUCAGACAAUAAUGCACUACAUGUAAAGACGUGCAUGUCGUAUUUAUUUUUUAAACACUAUAAUGUAAGGAGAAAGCAAUAUUAUAGAAGCAUUAGUUUAAUUGUUUUCCGUGAUGCAUACUGGGGGGGGAGGUAAAAGGUAUUGGAAGACUGGCUCCAAACUGUUUUGGAAAUAAUAAAUUAGUUUCACACUUUUUUUAUUAAUAAAAUGUAUUUUUAUUUUUUAAAAGAAAAAACAACAAAAAGACUGUCUUUACUCUGACUGUGUGGGCUUGCUGGAGUUUUUCUACCUCCACAUGAGUUAAAGAUAAGAAUGUGCUAAGCUGAGGAGCACUGAUGUAUAGGAUGUGUACACUACAUUUGUAACGGUACUAUGUUUAAGCCAAAACAAUAAGAUAUGUUUUGUAAGGUAUUUCUUUUGUAUUUUACCAACACAGUGAGAAAAAAUAUGAUAAAAGAUGGAUGUAUAGGUUGGGUCUUGGUGUAUGUAUGGUACAGAUUACAUUAUUAUCACUCUUAAGUGCAUUUGGGCAGAUUUUUACCUGUCAACACUAACAAACUUCAUCUGACACUCUUUUGUAAAAUAUCUUUGAAACUGGUACACAUGGCUUUUCACUCUGCUUUUAUAUACAUCUAUAUAGAUAUAUAUAUAUACGUGUAUAUAUAAAAGCAAGAGGACUGGUUCUGUUUUAAAUUUCAUUUUCAUUGUGGAGUCGACAAAAAGUGCUGCAUUUUUACUGUCUCUUUGCAUCAUAAUUCCUUUAUUCAAAUCCUCCCAAAGAAUAAAAUCUGUGCCUCUAAGCUGUACCAGUAAAUUCACAUGUUGUUGGAGUCAGAGCGAGGAGACAAGUUAUCAUUUUUAAUGAAUUUUCAAAUAAACAUCCAAAAGUUAAGCUCUU